UUCACUUCUUCUCUUCCCAAAUCCCUUAAGGACGGUGGUUAGGCUGACUUAGUGCUAGUGGGAGUGCUAAGUGCCGGCGCGGUUGCUUAGAAAGGUCUAAGGCGGUGACAAACUGCUAACCUUCUCGAUAGCAUACAAAAUGAAUCGUGAGACAAAGAACAUCAAAGAAGAACACCAAGAUCAAAGCAGUAAUUGAUCAAUCAAUGUGUUGAAGAUAUCUCAAGAAUGAAGAUUGAUCGACGCAUUGGAACAAUCUCAAGUAUCAAGAAAAGAAAGAAGACAUGAAGAAUAUAAUGUGUAUACAAUUGUAUACACGCACACACUUGCAUUACAAUGUGCAUUUAGAAGACCUUAGACAAAUGACCAAAAUGCCCCCAAAAGGUUCCCAAAAUAUUGGAAAAGGCAAACCAAGAAACAUAGUCAAAACAGCCUCAAGAACCAAUCUAGAUUCACUUUUAGUGUAAUCCAGAUCAGAAGUCCCAAUCCAAAUUGCACUGUCUAUCAAAAACUGACACACAGAGGCAUCCGAAUUCAGUAAGACUGAAUCUGGAUGGGAUUCAAAAAUUUGGAUUAAUCCGGAUUGAAAAAUCUCCAAUCUGGAGAUCUGGAUCAUGACAAAACUCAAUCUCUCAAUGGUCAUAUAACGACUAUAUUGAAUCCAGAUCAAGGAUAGAGAAAAAUAGAUCCGUUGGAGGAGUUUCUUGUCCUCUUUUUAGUCAUUCUUUUAGCUAUAAAUAACUUCUCUUAGGCAUAGAUUUAGACACCUCUUCACACAGCUAUCUGAGCUAUAAUCAAUCAUUAUUACUUCAAAAGAAAGAGAGAUUGAGAAGAGAUAAUAGUUUCUGACAUUCAAGUCAUUGAGAAGCUUCAAAGUGCAACCAAGCUCAUUCAUUGCAUUCAUUCACUUGCACACUUACACAAUAGUUUUUAUUCUAUACGGGUAACAUUGUUCAACUCUUGUAAUUUACAUUUUCAUUUACUUUUUUACUUUUGGUUCUCUUGUCGGUACUCAAGAGUGUAUUGAGUUGCUCUUGCUUGGACUCAAGAGUGGGUUACACUUGACCCGAAAGUAAGACGUUAUAAAAGCUUGUUUCUUGCCUGGUAAAAGAAAUAACUAGUGAAAAUCUCUCAAGAAGUAUUGAGAGGAGUAGAUGUAGAUUUGGUUAGAAGUCAAACUACUAUAAAAAUCCUCGUGUCUUGACUUUUGAUUUCAUACAUUAAUUUCACAUUUUGUCUAAAUUAGAAAAAAUUGAAAAAUUGUCAAGUACUCUCGAGAAAAACCUAUUCAUCCCCUUCUAGGUGUUUUUAACAAUUGGCAUCAGAGCGGGAGCUCAAAACCGACUUAAAGAUCCAUGGCAUCUCAACACCAACAAAUUGAAGGUCUUAACACAUCAAAACCUCCAUAUUUUAAUGGUGAAGGUUUUACCUACUAAAAAAAUCAAUUCACAAACUUUGUUUGUUCUCAUAGCUUGGAUGUAUGAGAGAUAUUUGAGGAAGGGCCAUACAAAGUCUAUAAGAAAGUAGGAGAUGAAAUUGUAGAAAAAGAAAAGAAAGAAUGGACAGCUAAAGGCAAAAUUAAAAUUCAGUAUAAUUUCAAAGCUAUUACAUUCCUUCAAUAUGCACUAAGUGAGCAGGAAUUUAAUAGAACUUCAAUGUGUGUGUCAGCCAAAGAAAUGUGGGAGAAACUUAUCGUGACUCACGAAGGAACUUUGAAAGUUAAGAAAGUAAACAUUGGCUGACUCAGACAUGAGUACGAAAGCUUUAGAAUGCAUAAGAAUGAAUCUAUCUUUGUUAUGUUUUCUCGUUUUACUAACAUUGUGAACAAGUUGAAAGCCUUGAACAAAGAUUACACUCAGGAGGAGAAAGUAAUGAAGGUGCUACACUCAUUGCCCAAGAAGAAAUGGAGGCCAAUGGUGACAGCCAUCCAAAACACUCAAGAUUUAGAAAACUUGAGCCUAGAUGAACUCAUGGGGAUGCUACAAACUCAUGAAGUAGAACUUCAAGAUGAUGAUUUGGAAGAACAAGAAGAAUCAAGAGAAACAAGAAAGAAUGCAAUAGCUCUUAAAAUGACACACGGGUCAGAUAAAGAGGAAAGUGAAGACGAACAAAUACUACUCCUAUCUCGUCACUUCCACAAGUUCUUAAAAUCGAAGAAAGGAAGAAAACUCAACAAAGGACAACCCUCUAGAGAUAAUAAAGGUAAGAACUACUCCAAUGAGAAAUCUAAUGAAGUAAUUUGCUAUGAAUGUAGAAACUUGGGUCACAUCAAACCCGAUUGUCCAAAUCUCUUAAAGGAAGAAAAGAAAAAGAAGGCCUACAAAGCCGAAGAAACUUGGGAUGACUCAUCCGAUAGUAGUGAUGAAGAAUCGGGUGAUGAACAUACUUAUCUCGUCUUGAUGGCUGCAUCUGAUCAAGAAGAAGAUAAGGUAAACUCCACAAACUUUGAUAGUGUGAAUUCUAUUUGUGAAGAAAAUAUUGAAUUUGAUGAAUUUUAUGAUGCUUUUCAAGAAUUAUAUGAAAACAACAAAAAGAUAGUGAAAGAGAAGAAGGCAUUAGGAAAGCAAAUAGAUAAUCUCCAAUUUACCUUGAAUGAGCUCACCACUUAUGUGAGAGAGCAAGAAAAUGAAAUUAAAGGUCACUUGGAGACUAUUGAAAAAUUACAAAAAAAAAAAAAAAAAAAAAGAUCUCUCACAAGGAAAUGCCAAAUUAACUUCAACCCUAAAAACCUUUACUACAGGUCAAAGAACCCUUGACACCCUAUUGGGAACACCUCGAAGAGAUGUUCACAACAAGGAAGGCCUUGGAUACAAAGGAUCCACCUCUAAAUCCAAGGAAAAGGAAAAGACCAAUCCACCUCUAAAGAAACCUCAAACCAAUUAUGCCUAUAAAUAUGCAAGAAAAUAUAGUCAUGAUCCACAACGACCACAAAGGUUCUCAAAACCUCAAGGUCAACAGUUGAACCAAUGGAAUAGAUAUAAUAGACCUUAAACAUACAAAUCAAAUGAUUAUUACAAUAAUAGGUUCUAUAAACCUCAACCACCAAGGAAUAACACUAGAGCACCACACUAUUUAAAAAAUUCCCAAUCCUAUAGCAACCAUACCCAAAACAAAACAAGGACCAUAUGGGUACCAAAAGGAUUUUUUGACUCUAAAUUCAAUGGAUCCAAUUGGGGACCAAUGCAUUGUUGAUUGUGUUUUUGAUAGAUAUGCUUGAAGAGCAAAAGGAUCUUAAAUGGUAUAUUGACAGUGGCUGCUCCAAGCAUAUGACCGGAAACUCCAACUUAUUCUCAAAAAUCAAAAGGCAUGAUGGAGGAUGGGUGACUUUUGGAGACAAAGGGAAAGGAAAAAUCAUUGGCAAGGGCUCUAUCAACAUAGGAGGACAGAGACACACGUACAACGUGACCACAAAUGAGUGAUCCCCGGAAGCAUACUCUGGACUCUUCUAUCCAUGUACAACCGAGGUUAUAGGAUCAUGCACAAAAAAGAUGCUAAAUGGGAGGAUCCAAUGCAAUCUAGACACUGGUUUACCCAUGGAUCGAUUCACAUGUGGUCAAGGGCAGGAUGGAAAGAAGUUUUACUGAAGUAAUUAAGGGAAAAUGAGGAAUUUCACUUCAAUUUAGAAGUUUGACGAAGAGAUUGAGCAACGAAGAAGAAUCAGACACGCGAGGACUUGUGUAAGUGUAUGGGCAUAAUGGUAAUUUUGAAAGAUGAGGAGUUCGUCAAAACAUAUUGGAUAUUAGGCUCGUUGCAUUCAUAAUUUAAGAUGAUGCAUCUUUAAUUCUCGGUUCAAGUCUUUCCAAGGUCAGGAUGGAGAGAUAUAGCCCAAAAACCAUUUUGGGCUAAGCUAGAAUUUAAGUUGAAUUUUAGAAUUUUAAAAAAUUAACUAUAUUAUCUCUCUCCUCUCUCCUAUAUGUAACUCUCUAUUUCCAAAUCCUAUUGCCUCUUACUUUCA